GAAGUGCUGUGCUUGGUCUGGCUAGCAGAGCAGAACACAAAACUGCUGCUUCCGCACUGCUUCCUUGUUUAUUAGUUUUAGGAAAAACUGUGCCUUUAGAAGAGAGAAGGUUGAUGUUUUCUUACCCUGGAAACUGAGAGAACUCCUCCACAAGAUUUUCGAGUCCACCCACCUACUUCAAGUGCGCUCUCCGACAAAGGAAAUCGGGAUCUGAUCUUCAUCACAAACAGGUCUGAGUUCAGAUACUGCUCUGAAUGGCCACAGCUGCAGAGGAGACUCCAGGGCUACAGAGCCACACUGACAACACACCCGGGACUCGAAAAAAUGCUCCUCCAGAGGGGCCAAGCACCACCAUGUCUCAGGCCAUGAAAAAAACUAUUGGCCAUCGUGGAAUUGAUCCCACUGGGGAAACCACAUACAAGAAGACAACCUCAUCAGCCCUGAAAGGCGCCAUCCAGUUAGGAAUCACGCACACGGUGGGCAGCUUGAGCCAAAAACCAGAGAGAGACGUGCUGCUGCAGGAUUUUGAAGUGGUGGAAAGCAUCUUCUUCCCCAAUGAGGGCAGCAACCUGACACCAGGCCACCACUAUGGAGACUUCAGGUUCAAGACAUAUGCCCCUAUCGCCUUUCGCUACUUCAGGGAGAUGUUUGGCAUCCGGCCUGAUGACUACAUGUAUUCUCUGUGUAAUGAACGGCUGAUUGAGCUGUCAAACUCUGGCGCCAGUGGAUCGCUUUUCUAUGUCUCAAGUGAUGAUGAGUACAUCAUUAAGACAGUGCAGCACAAAGAGGCAGAAUUUCUGCAGAAACUGCUACCAGGAUACUUCAUGAACCUGAACCAGAACAAGCGGACCUUAUUGCCAAAGUUUUAUGGACUCUACUGUGUCCAGGCAGGGGGUAAAAACAUCCGUAUUGCAGUCAUGAACAAUCUGCUUCCUAGCGCUGUAAGGAUGCACCUCAAGUACGAUCUAAAGGGCUCCACCUAUAAGCGACGGGCCUCAGCUAAAGAGAGGGACAAGGCUGUGCCCACAUACAAGGACCUGGAUUUCAUGCAGGACAUGCCUGAGGGGCUGUUACUGGAGGGAGACAAGCACAAUGCUGUUUGCAAGACCAUCCAGAGAGACUGUCUGCUCCUGCAGAGUUUCAAGAUUAUGGACUACAGCCUUCUGGUGGGAAUCCACAAUCUAGAUCAGGCCUGUCGAGAGCAGGUGAGAGAAGAGGCAGCGUCCCUGGACCAGAGGAGGCCACAAGGCCAAAAGUCUCUGUACAGCACUGCUAUAGAGGCCAUCCAGGCAGAGGCAGGGAGCAUGGGCUCACUGGACACAGAGGACAAAACUGGAGGAAUACCAGCACGAAACUCAAAAGGCGAGAGACUGCUGGUGUAUAUUGGUAUCAUUGAUAUUCUACAGUCCUAUAGAUUAGUAAAGAAGCUUGAACACUCAUGGAAGGCUUUGGUUCACGACGGGGAUACUGUAUCUGUACACAGACCAAGUUUUUAUGCAGAGCGAUUUCAGAAGUUCAUGUGCAGUACAGUCUUCAGGAAGAUCUCACUGAAGACCUCCCCGUCUAAGAAGCGCCGUGCAGUUGGCCACGGUCCUUUGAGAAAAGGAGCUGGCUCUGGGCCUCUUCUGUUGACCCCAACCAGCAGCAACAACCAGCAGCCUGUACUCCAACAUCAGUUCAGCUCUGACACUGAGGGAGACAAUGUCAUGCAGUCAGGUCGUCCCGACCUCCUCCCAAAGACCAUACCACCCAGCAACGCUGCUGGCAACACAGCUGAAACUGCCGUUUCCUCCUCCACGGGAAACCCUGGAUCUGCUCCCACAAGUCAGCCAGUGACUCACUCUCAGGAUACUGGCAAGUCAGUGGGAGUAGAUUUAAACAGCAUGUUGAGCAAAGCCCAGGAGAACAACACCCCUAAGAGAGCUGAGGCUGGGACUCUUGAAGCAAGUAUUGGUGGUGAGGACGUAAUCUCUCUCAGUGACAUAGUUCCUAAUGCAAGCAAAUGUUCUGUGUAGACGUGGGAAAGAGAACUGGACUCAAAUGAACCUGAAACAAACUUACAGGAUGUUACGAGCAUGGAUGAAAUGUUACAACCCCCUUGGUGUGAUUUGAGGUACCAAAACUGGAAAAGUGCAUCAGCAGGACCAAGUGGGAUCUUUUUUUUUCUUUUCUUUUUUUUUUUUGCACUUCGAUUUCCAAACUUUUACAUGGUAUGAGCAUGUUAGUCAGUUGUUGUGUUCUGACACUAGUAAUUGCAGGUACGUUAAUGCUGUGGUUAUUUAACACUAUUAUUCAUCUCAUAGGAAUGUUUAUAUGGACAACCAAAGUUUAUUGCUCAUGGAUGUGCUCAACUAAGCCAGCAUUUGGUGUAGUGUAUAACAUGAGGACUUUGCCUUAUUUGAGAGCAAACUCCUUUAUUCAAGCCCAGUUAUUUUGAAUUUACUGUCUAGUUUUUUGGUAUUAAUUCCUUUUUUCCUGUUUUCCUCAUUACUGUAGCAGUAAUGUGUACUUGGUUCCGUAAGUGGGAAGUGUCUAGAAUACUGCUCCUUUAACACAAAACUAUACUAUCUGGAAUGGGAACACAGUUUUGUACAGAAGGCUUUUCUUUUUUAAAGAAAUUACUAUGUGUGUUCAUAUGUGGUAAUCUACAUUUUAAGAUUACUCUAAAUGAAAAUCAUGCUGGAGAGAGAGGUGAUUCUAUUUAACCAGCUGUUCUAAUGGACCUGUACUUCUGUAGAGACUGUGAAUCCUCUCGUGUGUUGGGUUUUUUUAAAAAAAAUUAUUGUCUUCUUUUUUUCUUCUUUUUUCUUAAUCCUUAUACACUGUAUGAUCUGAUAUCAGCUUCAGGUUUUGUGUGUGGGUAGCUUAUGACCAAAUGGGACCAAUAAGCUGAUACUCAGAUGGCUGUGGACAAACUACCAAGGCAAACAGUGACCUGGGGCCUGUCUCAUGAAGUAGUUAGUUAGUCAGCAAUAUUUUGAGUGAACCUCAUCUUGUCAAUGUCACAGUCAACACUCAAGUUUGUGCUCAAUACCUAAUGUUUACUAAUGCCACUGACCAAACAUGUAAGGAGCAUUUAAUAGCAGAAAUAUAGGAAUAUGAGAACCACCUCCUCAAUAAUCAAGUGAGGUGCCAAAGAGCACAGCGUGACUUUAUUACAAACUGGUACAAUCACUUUGUUUUCCAUGAUAAUUGUUGGUACUGCUAAUAGUAUUAAAAGUAAAUGUUAGCAGUAUAACAAGCAGAGCGUAGCCUUGCUAGUGGCAGUGGUUAAUUAAUUUACUGUUGCUUGUCACUUUUGCUGCUUUUUUGUGUUAAUUUUGUUUUUGUUUUUGUUGUUGUGUUAAUAUCCCUGUUGGCUCAGGGUAGUCUUAUAUAUGUAUUUACUGCUCAUCACAGCAGCCCUAAAGAACAUUAAGUGAUUUGGUACAAUAUAAAGAAACAACUGUGUCAUAUACACUCCAUUGCCAGUUUAUUAAUUACUCCUAGCAAAAGACCUAAUGCACUUUCCUACCUUCAUGAAGGUUAUGAUGUUCUGUUUUUAUUGAAACUGUUUCAGAGAGGUGUUGAUUCAAUUAUAUGAUCAUUGUGGUUAUCCUGAUAGAUGUUCUUAUUAUUUUGUCUAUUGCUUUUCUAUCAAUAAGGAUAGACUCUAUAUAACAGCUCUCUGAAUAAUUAGACUGCAGCUAGGUGGACUUAAUAAACUAGCAACUGAGUGUGUAUAACAAUGAGAGAUUGUGUCACUGAUGCAUGACACCAGAAAUUAGGCCUCACUAAUAUCAUCCAAUUGCAGACCUGCAGAUACAGACUUGCUGAUGUGCACCAUAUGCAGGCACAGAAAUUACCGCUUCAGCAAUUCAGACACAGGAGCCACCUUGAAGCCAGCGAGUGUUAAAACAUUUUUUUGGUUUUGUUUUUGCUUUUUGUUUGUGCAUGUUGGUUGAUGUAUGUUUGUGUGUUUGCUGUGUUAUAUUUUACAUUUUAACAUCACAAGAAGUCUUUUAAAUUAGAACAUAUAUUGUAGGAGAGAUUAGAAAGACUUACUUACUGUGGAGAAGUGAGAGUUUGUCCUGAGCUGAUUUUUUUUUUUGUCCCAAAAAACUAGAGUGGGAUGCCAGGCCCCUCCCCCUCAAAAAAAAAAAAAAAAAAAGCAGUGUAGCUUGGCAAGACUUUUUACUUUGCUGCUGAAUAUUUGAACUGUAAACUUGGGUGGUACUGCAAUUUUUUAUUUACACUUCUCUACUAUUUGCUGUUGUCUGCUGCUAAAAGAAAAAAAAAUACUAUGCAUAAAGUAAAUAUAAUAUGGAUAACACAAAUUUUAGUGAUCACUUACUUUCCACUCCAGGCUGCUUAUAGACUAGAGUAGAAAUAUAUUUACACAUUGAUUUAUGAUGUAUUCCUUUAGUAUAUGAUGUAUUCCUGUUCCUGCUUUUUGCAUUCGAGUGGUGCAUUUAGUAUGUUCUAAACAUUACUCACAUUAAUUAAUUAUAUUAAUUAUAAUGUUAAUAUGAUUUUUGUUGCUGUAUUUUCCCCACAGGGAUAAGUAUUUUUAUCCCAUCUCUUACUUGUUGAUUUGUUGAUGUUGCAUGUCAUUGGCUGGUAGUUAAAAACUAGGCCUCUGUCAUGUACACAAGCUCAUAGUUGGACUGGUAGGCUCAGGGUUAAGCAGAAACAGUUGUGUGAGUCAUCCAGAAUUGCCAGAGUUGUGAAGUGUAGUGAGGCUGACAACUUAAAGAGAGAUUUUUGAGACAGGCCCCAACUAUGGUAUACUUGCUAUUUUUUCACUAGGAAUAUAUGGUGAUGGCUGCCUGAUGUGUGAAAGUAAACAAGACAAAACAGUUUGUCUGCCGUUUUUUUUUUAAACUAAAACUGAUUUAAAUAGUAUUGGUGGUUUAAUACAAGUUGGCCUUUGCACUCAAAAUGGUUUUGCAGUGUUUUAACGUGAUACAACGUGAUGCAUGAUGUUGAACUAACCAUAUGUAUGCGUGAAUGAAUAGACUGUGCAAUACAUAAAGUGAAUUGACAAUUUUCCAAGAUGAACAAGCAUCAUUUGGGCAUUUUUAUACAUCCUGUAAAUGGUAUGUACAGGUUAUUUUAUUCUUUUGGCUGUUAAAUCAAACUGUCAGACAAUACUCUGUCCCAACAUUGAAAGUGAAACUGUGCCUUAUUGGAAAAACUCCAAAGCAGUUAAAUUUGCAGCCUAUGAACCAAACAUGUGAAUAGUCCUAUUUAUUAUAGUAUUUAUUACUGUAUGUAUUUCUCUGGUUUCCAAAAUGUAUGUUAACGGUGAUAAUGGAUUGAGAAUGUGCUUUUCUUUAGCACAACAAGCCUGUAUCUAAGGCAUGCAACUGUUAAAAUAUAGAAACUUUGUAUUGAUUUUGGAAAUUAUCAUAACAACUGUUAAAUCAUUCUGUAUUUUUUCUGUUUACUUAAAUUUCCUUACAUUUGCUUUUGAAUUGUAUACUAUAAAUGUAUGCACAUCCGUAUACAAGGAUCACAACAAUGCCUUUUUGCUCUUUUAGGGUGUUUUUGUACACUUGUACCUGAAGUUAUUAAAGAAGAAAAAAUC